AUGGAAACAAGUAAUCUGGUUACCGCUUCACUAGUUGUUACAACAAUCUUAAUAAUUACACCGUUUUUUGUCACCCCAAAAACAAAGGAAUCCAAACGGAAGAAAAAGAAUAACCUCAAUAAAGAGAUUGAGAUAAAAACUUAUACUUUUGGUCUAAUAAAUCAAGGCAAUAAUAUCUGUUUUCUUAAUUCUGUACUACAAAGUUUGGCAUCAUUAAAAGGUCUUCGAAAAUAUCUUGAAAAAAAAGUAGAAAGUAAUCCAUCGGAUACAACACGACCGGUAACUUUUGCUUUGCACGUAACUUUAGAGAGGCUCAAUGAACCUCUAACGAAACAACAGUCAUUUAUUGCGACGGACGUGGUUUUAGCCCUGCAGGCCAAUGCAAGACGUUUAAUUAAUAGGCAACAACAAGAUGCUCAUGAGCUGUUUCAACUCUUGAUUCAAUCUCUUGGGGCAGAAGAAGAUUAUGAAAGACGUCCGAAAUCUCUUUUGGACUUGGAAUUAAUUAGAAAAUUGGCUGCCGAAAAAGAUAAGAUCAAGCAUUUUGUGAGUGAACGUAACCCUCUUCGCGGAUUAACCGCUUGUCGUGUUUCUUGUAUGAAAUGCGGAUAUUGUGGGCCAAUUCGUCACAUCACGUUCGAUAAUAUCUCGAUUCCACUUCCAGGACUAUCAUCUGUCCCUUUAGAUGUUCUUCUAAGAACAUAUGCUGGAACGGAUUUUAUUGACGAAUAUAACUGUCCACAUUGCAGUUUGAUCGAAACGUUAGCAUCAAUUGAAAAUGCGCUCGAGGACACAAAGAGGGAGCCUAGCGACAAAGGAAAUGAGUCAAAGCUGGAAAAUGACCGACAGGUUGUCAAAAAAGCACUUGCAACUGACGUUGAUACGGACAUAAGUAAUCAAUUACAACUAACAAAAUUGGCCCAUGUUAAAAGCACGGCUAGCAAACAUACAAUGUUUGCAAAAUUGCCCGACGUUUUUGCCAUCCAUUUUUCUCGAUCUAUUUAUUAUCAAAGCGGAUGGACUUUAAAGAAUCCAUGCAAAGUCAAAUUCUCUGACUCUAUUGACAUGAUGAAGUAUAUAUCAGGAGGGUAUUUGGCUAAUAUGCCUAGCGAACCAAUGUCAUCGCCACCAUCACCAAUCUUAUCGUCACCAAUGUCAUCACCAAUUUUAGCGGGUAUUGGUGCAAGCAGCCGGAGAAAUGACAUUCCAUGUGAAAGUGGAAAUAUUUACAUGUUAAAAUCGGUCAUCGUUCAUCAAGGUGAUCAUAGAUCGGGUCACUUUGUUACUUAUCGUCGUAAGGAGGAUAGCGAUAUUUGGUGGCGCCUUUCGGAUGAAUAUGUUGAGGAAGUCAAGUUAAAGCAAGUACUCAACGAAGAAGCGUAUAUGUUAUUCUAUGAAAAGGCCCAACAAUGA